AACAUCUCUCUUGAAUUUGACCUGCCACCAGCAUGAGGACUCUUCAAGAAAAAAUCAUCGUUCUUUCAGUUAUUCUGUCUUUGAUCUGUGUCGUUCAGGUCAACUCACUGCCUCUGCCUGAAGACUGGAAUGGUUUGAUCCGGCGGACCAAGCGAUCACUGCUGUGGCGCUGGAACAGCAUGAAGCCUGUUGGUGCCAGCUGCAGAGAUCACUUAGAGUGCGGCACUAAAUACUGCAGGAAAAAUAUCUGUUCCUUCUGGAUCUCCACCUAAAGAAGAGAUACACAAUCAUGGCUCUGUCCCGACGACUGCUGACAAAACGGACAUCUGCCUUAUGGAACCAAGCAACCUCCCUCAAAAUGAACCCAAAUUAUUGCAAUAUUCAAGUCAAAUAUUCUGACUUGAAUAUUGAAGACAUAUU